UUGAAUCAUUUACUCCUGAAGGACGCUUAGCUCAUUCUACUGUUCUAGUUGAAAAUAAGCUAUAUUUUUUUGGCGGAUAUGUUGAUAAUGCUAAGACUUGCACAAAUCAAGUGUUCUAUCUCGAUUUAUCUCAGUCAUUUAAUUUAGUUGCUCCAUCAUGGGUUUCCCUUACGCAAAAUGCUGCAAUACCAUUUAUAAGUUGCUGGGGAAUUACUUUAUUGAAUGUUAAGGAACAUACUAUUUAUUUAUUUGGUGGAUUUAUGGGUAAUGAUCUAAAUCAAGACGCUGUUGUUUCAAAUGUUCAUUCAUUUAAUUUAAAUUCCUUAUCGUGGAGUGUACCUAAUGUAGAAGGGACUCCACCUGAAAGACGAAGAAGUAUAGAUGGUGUUAUUGAUAAUACUGGAAAAAUAUAUAUUUUUGGUGGAAUUUUGGAUAAAGUUUUAGGUUCACCAACAAAUAUAUAUUAUAAUGAUAUGGUUAUCCUAAAUACAGCUGAAUUAUCAUGGUUAAUCAUUCCAGCUAGUAAACCAAGAGCGCAAAAUUCUUAUACCGCAACAAUGUUAUCUAAUGGAGUUAUUGUAUAUAUUGGUGCAAGUGCAAAUAUAACGACAAAUCCUGACCCAACAACAAAUUCAUCGCCAUCUAUUGUUGUUGCAAAUAAUUCUAAUAGUGACUUGGUAACAAUGAAAAUUAUAAUCGCAUCAAUUGGAGGAACUGUGGGCGCCGUUAUAAUUAUGGCAUGUGGAUUUUUAUUUUAUAGAUGGAAUAAAAAUAAAAAAAUCAAUGAACAAAAUCCUAGAUACAUUAAUGAAGAACAUACUUUGCCUGGAAAUAUUGUUGAACAUAAUAGUAGUACUUAUAUAACUAAGUAA